AUGAAUAAAUUUAUUCAAGAUAAAAUCUAUCAAUCCUCACAGCAUGAAGAAAUUACAUCAUUAAUCUAUAAAAUAACUGAUCGGUAGACGAAAUUUGCAGAACUUCAUAAUUAAGUUGAAGAAAGUAUUCAAAAAGUAAUAAAUGUGAGUUAGAAAUAAUUUGAAAAAGUUAUGAAAAGGAAAUAGAAGGAAUUCAGGUAAAUUCUACAAGAUCAUGAUGAAAGGAUAAAAGAAAUCACCUAGAAAUAUCAUACUUCUUAAAAUAACUAAAUAUAAUACUAAAAUCAAAAGAAAUCAGAAUAUAUACGGAUCUUUGAGUCUCUGUAUUAUGAAUAUUAAUAGUUUAUAGCAUUUUUCGAUCAUGACCAAUAGGCUGAAAAUAGUAAUUAUAUUAUUAUGAUCUAUGAAAUAUUAACAGAGAGUUAGGUAUUUCAUGAAGACUAGAGAUUGAAUGAAACACUUCUAAAUGAAUAUUUAAAGCAACAUAAAAUGAAUAAGAUAUUAUCUCUUCAUGCAUCUCUUAAGUUGAUAAUACCCCAAUUAUAAAAAGUUGAGGAAAACCUUUAAUUAUCAAAAAUCAACAGCAAAAAAGGAUAAUAUUUAAAUAUUCUUAAUGAAAGGUUAAAAGCAUUCAUAGAAAAUCUCAAAUAUGGUUUGAAUUAAUUGGAUAUGUUUUUAUCUUAAAUUCAAGAGAACAAUCAAGUCCAAAAAGAAUUAGAUACUAGAAUUCAUUCAAAUUUGAUACUAAUUAACUAAUUAUUAAAGAAUCAUCAAGAUAGAAAAAUGACUGAAUACGAAGAUUUAAAUAAAACGAAUGAGAAUCUCAUCAAAAUUAUUAAUCGACUCUUAGAUAUUAAUUAUAAACUUAAAUUAUAGCAGAAAUAGAAUUAUGAAGAUGUGUAAUAACUCAUGGAAUUGUACUACCUUUAAAAUGAUAAAGCACCUUCCUUAUAGCCAUUGUCUAGAAAGAGUACUAUUAAAAUAAUUAAACCUAUAUCAUAUUAGCGAACUAGAAUCUUCUCAGAAACAAAAAAAGAAGUUCAUUUUGAUUUAUCUUCUCGAAAUUCAGUAAAAGAGAUGAAUCUUGAAUCACAAAUCCUUUAUCAAUCUCCUCUUAUUAUUUAACCUCAAAUAGUCAAUCAACCUACUAUAACAGAUGUAUCUCUCUUUAAUUCUGGAUAAAGCCUUAACAAAAUCAAAACUUAAAAAUAUUGUGAUAAACAUUGGACUUCAAAACAUCAAACUAAUGUGGAUAAAAAAACUGCCAUUCCUAUUAAAUGUCAAUGUCCUCCCUAGUGUUCAUGCUAAGCUUUAUUAAUUAUACAUGUCCACACAUGCAAUAAACAAUUGUAUGUCAAUUCUAUAGGUCAGCUUCUAUGCUAAUAAUGCCUUUUCACCUAAAACAUAUAGGACUAUAGUUUCUACUGUCCUCACACAAGAACGAAAAAUAAAUUUAAAUGUAGCAAAGAUUUCCUAGAAGCAUUUUGGUAACAUAUUAAAACUUUGACUAUGAAUUAAUAAAUUGUUGAUUUUUGGAAUCGCUUGUAAAUAAGCUGUCAAUAAAUGUUUUAGGCAAAUCCAUUUUCUACAUUAGAAAUCCAAAAUUCUAUGAAUUUUAUUGCAUUCUGUCCAAAUUAAUGUAAAUGUAACCAUAAAUAGAGCAGAUAAAAAUAUCAUUUGUGCGAAAGCUAACUCUAAAUAACAUCUGAUGGACUUGUUCAUUGUAAAAAGUGUAAUUUUAAUGGGGAUCCUAAGUAAUAUAUUUGUUACUGUCCAGACACGAAAACAUUCAAUAUUUAUAGAAGUGGGGAGGAGUUUGUGUAGUCUUUAGAUUUGAUUCUUGAGGUAGGAAACUAAUAGCAAUAAUAGCAAUUACAAAACUAAUUUAUUCAAUAGUUAAGAUAAAAAAUUCCUUUUAUUUUAUGGGAAUGA